UUUCUUCCUUACAAUUUAACACAAUGAGCAUCACACAUCAUUCAAACGGCCGUUUCCCAACGGAACUUUUAUUAUCUAUAUUUAUUCACUUGGACGGCCCAACUUUAGCUUCCUGUAGUAGAGUGUGCCGACAAUGGCACAACGCCAUUACUCACUUUGACGAACUGAUCUGGUCAAGAGCCUGUCGCCGUGAUUUCCUAAAGACAAGGCGUUUCUGGUCACUUCAAUUUCCCGAACUAACACAAACAAACAGCUUACUCGGAAAGCAAAAGAGAACAUGGCAGGAUAUGUAUAGAAUAACCAAAAACUGGUAUACCGGUCACUGUACGGGAUAUUAUCCUGAAGUAGACCAAGAUAGAUCAACAGACACACUCAUCCCCUGCGCCGUUAUUGGUGAUCCUCAAGAACAUGGUAUGUUUACCACGCUCACUCUUGCUUACAAUGGAUCCAUCAUUCGAUCAAAUCCAAACUAUCAAACGGCAUCUGAACAGAGUUUGAUGAUUCAAUCACCACAGACACAUGAAAAACAGUAUAUACAAUGGUCAAAUCUUGAAUUGCCCGGUUGGCCAGAAGCUGCAGCAUCACACACCAUUGUUUGUCACCAUACACUUCCAUCCACACCUUGGUUGGUUACAGGUGGUUUGAACGGUACUGUUGCCAUAUGGGAUCUAGAGAAAAGGUCCUUGGUGAGGAUGUGGCACGGACACCGUGGAAGGGUAUUAUGCAUUAGCAUGAAUGACGAAGCUGUUUUAAGCGGCGGCGCGGAUAGUAUGAUCCAAGUGUGGGAUCUCAAUAUGACUGACAAGACAAAAAAUCUUCAAAGGCCUACUCAACGUGGCAUGAUCGAUAUUUCCCGCUACUUGUCUGAACGAAAUGAUUGGUAUCAAGGUGUAGGUGAAAUUGCUGCAAAUCAUAAUUUAGUCGCUUGUGCCCCGGAUGCUUCCGGCCCCAUCUUGAUCUUUUCCCUUUUGACAGGAUCUCUUGUAUAUGAAUUGAAAAUACCACAAGCUUCACCAAGGAUGGAGUGGGCGACUGAGGAUAUCACUGCCUUCACUCGGCUUCGACUGACCCCGUACUUUUUACUCACAAAGGGAAAAAUAUCCAACAAGAGCCAGCAUUUGAAGAUUGUACCUUCUACUCAAAAUGUGAUCCUUCAGCGUAACAAGCUCUCCCAGUCUAAACAAGUAGGUUAUAUGUCACCAUUGAAAGAUCAUAACCCUUCUCCUCAUGUUGCCCAAAUGACUCCCUAUCAGCUUUAUCUUUACUACCAAUCAAUGAAUAGUGGUAAUGAAAGAAGUGACAGUGAAGAAGAGCAAUUGCCUACUCCAGACACGAAUGAUUGUAUUCAUGUCUGGGACCUCCAAACAGCAAAGAUCGUCUACAGGCUACUUCCUGUUUUACCAAAACCAAACCAAUACUACACUAUUACAGAUAUACAGUUAUCUCCAGAUUACUCCAAGGUAUUUGCUAUUAUCCAAAUUCGUGGUAAAAAGCAGUAUGAGGAACAUCUUUUCUGCUGGGACUUUUCGAUAAAGAAUAUAGAUGAUCCGAUAGAUCAAUGUUUUAAAGUUUUAGAAUUAGAUACUAAAGACUCUUCUCAACAAAAAAUUGGAACUUCUUGGGUUUGUUUUAUGUAGCUUUGUUUUUAGUAUUCUCCCAUUUGUAAAUACGUCAUUUGUAUACACUUUUCCAUCUUAU